AUGGAAGGCAAGCGACAGGAUGAAGCGGCCGCUCCGGAGAGCGCUCCCGCUCCCCGCGGGCCGGACCGGGAGAGAUCCAGCCGUACGCCCUCCGUGUCGCCGGUUUGCCGUCCGGCGGAGAGCGUCAGUCACGGUUCAGUCGAUGGUCUCAGCGCGACUUCAGGCGGCGGCAGCAGGCACGAGAUGAAGAGACACUAUCGUUCUCCAGGCCACUUGUUUGUCGCGAUGCCAGACGGAACCCACGAGCCGACGCGUUCCGGCACCUCGCCUACCGCCGGUGAUGACCGCCACGGGACUCGGGGGGCCAAGGCCGGUGCACAAAGCGACGGAGACCGUCUGCAGUCGCCCGCUGUCUCCGCGGCGAGGCCGCCCUUCCCUGCUCACCCGGCGUCCCGAGUAACUUUGAAGGGCGAUGCGCCAGGCGAUCUCCGCGCUCCCGGGUCCGAGAGCGACGGCAGCCCGCUUGGCCAGGAGGGACAGGACGGCGCGUGCAGUGACCGAAGGUUCCCCAGUCGCUGGCCGGAGGGGUCCGAGGCCUCAGACGCGCGGCGCGCGCCUCGGCGCUCGAGCGCCACCGUGCAGCCGCAGAUGGCUCAGCUGUUCGACCUGACGACCCACAACCUCACAGACAUCGUCGCCUUUUGCGACGACGGUUACGAGAGCUCGAGCAACGCCCAGGGCGAAGACUCGGGGACGGCGUCGGCGCCGAGACGGUACGAAACGCUGGUAAUGGCAGAUCCCAACGGGUGCGAGUUCGAGAGGACGGAUACGGACGCCGCUGCGGCGAGUCUGGACGGGAAAGCUUCGCGGCCGCCGUCCUUGCCGUCGUCGCGUGUCGCUGUCGCGGCAACCUUGGAGAAGCGCCAAGCGAGGGCGGCGCUGUCGCCCGGCGGGCUCCGGCGGAGUUCCGCGGUCGUCGGCAGACCUGCGGGAGGCUACCCUCUGCCGCCGACCGCGGCGCGAAGCAACCGCGAGUUCGUCGGCCCCUCCGACUCUCUGACGUCAACUCGGCAGGGCUCCGUCUGGGGCAAGUACUCUUGUCCUUCGUUCAGGAGCUCCGCGACGGCCGCGGGCAAGGUCAGGGACGUGCACGUCGUCUACAAGCACCUGCAGCGACUGAAAAAUCAGGGCCGAGCGAAAGCCAGGCCGCCCGUGCACGGGGACAACAGCUUUAAAGGCGUCGAACCGAUCCGGAUCUUCUGCGGGACGUGGAACUCCGAGUACCAAGAGUUUCCGCAAGGGACGAUGACUCCCGACGCGAGUCCGGACGCGCUGAUGGCGACGAGCGUGCUGCCUGCACACCUCCCGGAGCGAGUUGUCGAGGAACUUUUGGACGACGAAGAUGCCUGGGCGACUGGCGACGCUGACGCGUUCGACCAGUGGCCAGGGCGACCGCGGAGCGACACCGGAGACUCGGGAGACGUGCCCAAAAGGCAACAAGCUGAGGAGAGGAGCAGCUGGAUCUCGACGCCUGGGGACCGUUCCUUCGAAGGCAGCCGCAUGGUUGAGCGCAAAAGCCUCUUGAGGGCGAGUACGCUGAAUCUCAAAGCUGUAAAAGAAGGGGAGCAACCGCUCAUCGACUGGGUUCUCCCUGGAUACGAUGUGUACGUGAUCACGCUUCAAGAGACGAUUUCCGACAGCGUCUUUCACGCCAUCAUGACAUACCUUUGCAACGUGAAUGGGCGGCCGUACAUCCGCAUGCACGCCACUGAAGAUAAGAUUUCGGGCCUGGGAGACGGCGCCUGGACGCAGUUCAAAAGCACGAGCUUCUUCAAUGGUUCCAAGGGCGCAGUCUCCCUCCUCAUGCGAAUUUGGGACCAGUUCACAUGCUUUCUCGGCUGUCACAUGCCCGCGACAACUACGGAGGACCGUAUCAGGGCGCGUUCGUGGAUCGUCGAGAGGCUGUGCGAGCUCUACAGCGGAGUGCCUCGGACGACGUUGGACGGCGUCUUCCAUCACGUUGUGUGGAUGGGAGAUUUCAAUUUCCGAACUCGAAACGUUUCAGCAGCCAAGGCUGUGGAACUUCUCGAUUCGGGAAACCUGCAGACGCUGCUGGAGUAUGACGAAUGCCACGGCGCGCAGUGCGACGACCUACGGAGACAGUGCAUUAUUGAGUUUGGGAAUUUGACGCAUGCGCGUUUCUUGUGUGUUUCGCUCGCCGCCAAGGGUUUCGAGGAGAGCCCGGUGACGUUCCCUCCCACGUACAAGAAGGUGGACGGUCGGCCGCCGGUCGACUUCUCUGAUCCGCACUGGGCCGCGAAGGAGUACCAGACGAAAUUCACGGUGAAGUGGUACAAGGGUGGGCGUCAGGAAGAUCGCAUCCCCUCGUGGACCGACCGAGUGUUCAAGUGGUCCAUUCCGGAAGUGGCGUCGCUUCUCCGUUUGGAGACCAACAAUUAUUUUGCUGCAAUGCCCUCGCGACCGAACAGCUUCUUGAAUGCGAGUGACCACAGCCCUGUAGGCACUGGGCUCGAUAUGUUCCCUCUCGACUUCAAUUACGCCUUGCCUUCAGUGAUGAAUAUUGCGAAUCCGGACACAACUUCCACAAAAGCGACUGGGAAACUGGCCCAGUGA